UGAAUGACGUGGAGAAGGAGGGUUGCUGUUUCUUAAAGUGCUGGAGGUCAGCAAAGUUACAUUUAAAAUUCCUCAUAUAAAAAAAAACAAUAUUGAUAUUUUAAUUAAUAUUUGGAUUCCGUAUAGAAGAAGAGGAGAUGCUCACAAAAUUUGAAACUAAAUCUGCAAGGGUGAAAGGCUUGUCCUUCCAUCCCAACCGUCCAUGGAUCCUAACCAGUCUGCACAAUGGUGUCAUCCAGCUGUGGGAUUACCGUAUGUGUACGCUUUUGGAGAAGUUUGAUGAACAUGAUGGCCCUGUGCGUGGCAUCUGCUUUCACAACCAACAACCUCUCUUUGUCUCAGGAGGAGAUGACUACAAGAUCAAAGUUUGGAACUACAAGAUGAAAAGAUGUCUGUUUACAUUGCUUGGACAUCUGGACUACAUUAGAACUACCUUUUUUCAUCAUGAGUAUCCAUGGAUAUUGAGUGCUUCUGAUGAUCAAACAAUUAGGAUCUGGAAUUGGCAAUCCAGAGGAUGUAUCUGUGUCUUGACAGGUCAUAAUCAUUAUGUCAUGUGUGCAAAUUUUCACCCAACUGAGGAUCUUGUUGUGUCUGCUUCUUUAGAUCAGACUGUGCGUGUCUGGGAUAUAUCAGGCCUCAGAAAGAAAAAUGUUGCACCAGGCCCUGCUGGCCUAGAUGAUCAUCAACGCAACCCAAUCACCCCAGAUCUUUUUGGCUCAAGUGAUGCUACUGUUAAGCACGUCUUAGAGGGUCAUGACAGAGGUGUUAACUGGGUCAGUUUCCAUCCCACAAUGCCUUUAAUUGUAUCUGCAGCUGAUGACCGUUACGUUAAGCUGUGGAGAAUGAAUGAUGCCAAGGCCUGGGAGGUGGAUACCUGCCGAGGCCACUACAACAACGUGUCAUGUGUACUCUUCCAUCCAAGACAGGAAUUGAUCAUCACCAACUCUGAGGACAAGAGUAUUCGUGUUUGGGACAUGUCAAAACGCUCGUGUCUGAACACAUUUCGACGGGAACAUGACCGCUUCUGGGUCGUCAAUGCCCAUCCUACUCUCAACUUAUUUGCAGCUGGACAUGACAGCGGUAUGAUAGUGUUCAAGUUGGAGCGCGAAAGACCAGCCUACGCUGUGCAAGGCAACCUGCUCUACUACGUCAAGGAACGAUAUCUCCGUCGUUUUGAUUCCACGACAUCCAAGGAUGUUCCUAUGAUGCAACUACGUGGUGGAAGCAAGGGAACAAUUGUUAGCAUGUCAUACAAUCAAGCCGAGAAUGCCAUCCUUGUGAUUACACGAACACCUCAAGUUGAUAACAGCACCUACGACUUGUAUCAAGUUCCAAAGAAUGUUGAUGCUUCUAGCCCUGAUGCUCCAGAAGGUAAAAGGUCAUCAGGUAUAAAUGCUGUGUGGGUUGCAAGGAACAGAUUUGCUGUACUUGAUAGAUCCCAUGCUGUUAUCAUCAAGAACCUGAAAAAUGAAGUAACAAAAAAAGUUGAAACUCCUGCCUGUGAUGAAAUCUUCUAUGCUGGAACUGGGAUGUUGUUGCUAAGAGAUGCUGAUGCAGUCACGUUGUUUGAUGUUCAACAAAAACGCAGCCUUGGCUCGGUUAAGAUCUCCAAGGCUAAAUACGCUGUUUGGACAUCUGAUAUGACCCAUGUUGCUCUGCUCAGUAAACACACCAUUGCCAUUUGUAACCGCAAGUUGGAGUGUCUCUGCACGAUUCAUGAGAACAUCCGAGUGAAGAGUGGGGCUUGGGAUGAGAGUGGUGUCUUCAUCUACACUACAAGUAACCACAUCAAGUAUGCCAUCACUAAUGGUGACCAUGGUAUCAUCAGAACACUAGAUGUCCCCAUUUACAUCACACGUGUCAAAGGUCAGAGUGUGUAUUGUCUUGAUCGUGAAUGUCGUACACGGGUACUUACCAUCGACCCAACCGAGUUUAAAUUCAAAUUGGCGUUGAUUCAUCGUAAAUAUGAUGAGGUUCUACACAUGGUACGCAACGCCAAGCUUGUGGGACAGUCAAUCAUUGCUUAUCUACAAAAGAAGGGUUACCCAGAAGUUGCUCUUCACUUUGUCAAAGAUGAGAAAACUCGCUUUGCACUUGCCUUGGAAUGUGGCAAUAUCGAGGUUGCCCUUGAUUCAGCCAAAGCGCUUGAUGACAAAGCAUGCUGGGAAAAGCUCGGAGAAGCUGCUCUGCUCCAAGGAAACCAUCAGGUUGUAGAGAUGGCCUACCAGCGAACUAAGAACUUUGACAAGCUCUCAUUCCUCUACGUCAUCACCGGCAACAUGGAGAAACUUCGCAAGAUGAUGAAAAUUGCUGAGAUCAGGAAAGAUACAAGUGGACAGUACCAGAACGCCCUCUAUCUUGGAGAUGUUGGUGAAAGAGUCAAAAUCUUGAAAAACUGUGGACAAAAAUCUCUUGCGUACCUGACAGCUGCUACACAUGGCCUAGACGAGGAAGCAGAAGAGCUUAGGGAAGAAUUUGACCCAGAGACUGAAAAGAUUCCUGAAGUAGAUCCUAAUGCUGAGCUUCUUCAGCCAUGCCUUCCGGUGUUGCAGUCGGAGGAAAACUGGCCUCUGCUGACAGUCACCAAAGGUUUCUUUGAUAGUUCUAUGAAGAAGGGGGGUGCUGCCACUGCAAUGGAUGCUGAUUUUGGUGCUGCUGACGAUGGCGGUGAAGAUGGCUGGGGUGCUGAUGCUGAUUUGGAUGUGGACGAGUUUGGCGGUGACGAUGGACUGAUGGUUGGCGAGGAGGAUGAACAAGGUGGAGGAUGGGAUGUUGAUGAUGAUGAACUCGAUUUGCCUCCAGAUCUUGAUGUUGGUCCCAUGCCAGGAGGCGGUGAUGAAGGUUUCUUUACUGCUCCUACCAAAGGAAUGAAUCAAACACAAGUUUGGACCAGUAACUCGCAACUUCCAGUCGAUCACGUCUUGGCUGGGUCCUUUGAAACUGCCACCAGGCUUCUACAUGACCAAGUGGGCGUGGUGGAUUUCACACCAUAUAAGCCGCUGUUUAUUCAGACAUUUGCCCGUAGUAGAACCUGUUACAUGGGUCUUCCCAGCCUUCCACCCCUCUUUGGAUACCCACAUAGAAAUUGGCGUGAGGCUGGUGCUAGAGCUGGGAUGGCAGCUGUUGGUUUGAAAUUGAAUGAUUUAGUUCAGCGUUUACAGCUUGCCUACCAAUGCACAACGCAGGGAAAGUUUGCAGAGGCCGUUGACCGAUUCCGAUCAAUAUUGUUAAGUGUUCCUCUACUGGUUGUUGACACAAAGCAGGAAAUUACAGAAGCUCAGCAAUUAAUAGGAAUAUGCAAAGAAUACAUCUUAGGUUUAUCAAUGGAAAAGAAAAGAAAAGAGAUGCCAAAGGGAGGUGGAAUAGAAGCCAUGAAGAGGAAUUGCGAAAUGGCAGCAUACUUCAGUCAUUGCAACUUACAACCAGUCCAUCAAAUCCUGACAUUAAGAACUGCACUUAAUCUCUUCUUUAAAUUGAAAAACUUCAAAACAGCAGCUUCUUUUGCUAGACGUCUUUUAGAGUUAGGACCAAAACCAGAAGUAGCCCAACAGACAAGAAAAAUACUACAGGCCUGUGAGAAGAAUCUGACAGAUGCUCACAAGUUGAACUAUGAUGAACACAAUCCAUUUGACAUCUGUGGGAGCAGUUACCAACCAAUCUACAGAGGAAAACCUGUUGAGAAAUGUCCGCUGAGUGGAACAUGUUAUCUUCCAAAGUUCAAAGGUGAAAUUUGUAAUGUAACCCUAUGCACUGAAAUCGGUAAGGACACAAAGGGUUUACGCAUCAGUUUGCUACAAUUCCGCUAAUUAAUGUAAAAA